GGCACAUAUUUGAUUAGUGCGUUACUUUCUGGACUUUUGUCUUAGGCCGCGUGGUCUUUUAGAAGUAUUUGCAAAAGAUCAAUUGUAAAGGAAGGCAUAAGCAUUGUAUUGAAUUGCGCAAAAAACGUUAUGCCUGUCAAAUCCGAUAUGAAGGAUAAAACAGCACAAUCAGAUAUAAAAGAUAAAUCGAAAAAAGGAAGAUAUAGUUUAAAAAGAUUGUUAGAUCGAAGUCGAUUUUCACCUAGCUUAUUAUUUUUAUCAAAAUCUAAUACAAGCAAAUCAACUGAUACGUCCAAUGAACAACGUAAAUCUAUCCAUGAUGAUAUGAUGGAUAUCAAUGUGAAUGUUGAAAAUUCACCGUCUUCAUCACCACAUUCCUAUUCACCAAAUUUUGGAAGACGUUUAACAGCUUCUGUACCAUUUGAUUGUGCUUCGAAUUCACCGAUAAUUACCAGUACCGCUUUUCGAAAUCCAACUUAUGGCAGUGAUCAUGCAAGUCCCAAUUCAGAAUUUAUUGUUGAAGAAGAAUAUGAAGAAUCUUUGGCAAAUUUCGCUGAUGCUAUACUAGAUGGAUUGAAAGGUCGUUCAAAUCCCUGUUCUAGAAAAUCACCAGAUACAUUUUCAGCUUGGUCUGAUGCUGCUUUUCCUGUUGGAAAUAUUAUAGUACCUAUGCAUUGUGGAUCUAUACCAUUUAGUGGAAGCAGUGUUAAUGCACAUCGUCAACAUCAGCAUCAUAAUCAACAAUAUCAUGAAAUAUCUGACAGUGUUGUUACACCACCACCACUGACUAAUUUCGAUUUGUGUAAUAAGUCAUUAAAUAAUAAUUAUAAUGAUGUUAAUAAUACUUUGAAUAAUAUAAAUCCUACUGGAAUAUACAACGAACCAUGUGAUGCUAAAUCGUCACUAUUGAAUGAGCCAGUUACAAUUUAUACAACUAGAAGUGUUAUCUUGAAAAAUACACCUGUAGAAUGUAAUCUCUUGGAAAACAGUUCAUGCAAUUAUGAUAGCGGCAACAACAACUAUUCUGACCAUCAUCCUAAUUACCAUUGUACAAAUAAUAAUGAUAAUGUCGAUUCUCGAAAGACAUUAAUAACAAAUGUGACUGCUAGUCCAAUCCUUCUUCAUCAUCAUUCUAUAAAUACUAAAUCUGAAUCAGUUCAAUGUAAAGAUGGUAAUAGUCAUUCUGUUUCACCACUAUCUUCAAUUAACAAUUAUAGUAAUAAUGGUGAAACUAAUGCAGUCAGCAAUGCAAUUAGUAUUCAAUCAAAAAAUAACAGUACUUCACUGUCAAAUGUUUGUUUUGCCAGUUCUCCACGUGGUAAUACUGUUAUUACACAUCAUCCAGCCAGCCCUUUUGCACGUGUUCCUCGUGGUGUAGUUGGGAAAAAUGAAGUUAAUGUUAAAAUCCCUAUCCAGUCAAAAUCAUCGGUAUCCAUGUCUAAUGUAUGCAUAACUGCCACCGUUACCACUCAUACAACUACAUGCAUUGAUAAUUUUUCUACUAAUCAAAAUAUUCCUGUAACUAGUAUUUCUACAACAGAUGGUUCAUCUUGUGUUUCAACUGAACUUCAGUCAGAUUCUUCUGAUUAUUCUCUACAAAAGCAGUCUAGUCAUGUCAACGGUAAUCAACAGCCAAAUUCUAUUUCCAGUGAAUCGGAUCAAUUGAUAAACUUGUCUAAGACAAAUUCUGCGGAUUUACAAAAUUCAAUGAAUAAUAAAGUAAAUAAUUCACAUGGAUUCGGUCGUAGACGUUCUAAUGUACCCAAUUCUUAUCCAACUUAUGAAGAAGCUUGGGAUUUAAAAUUAGCUCGUCAACUUGGUGUCGGUGUAUCACGUCUACCAUCAAUUAUUCCGCUAUCAUCAAAUGUUCAAAAUUACAUUCCACAACUUCCUUUUUCUAUACCUUCCAAUACUUCUACAAAUAAUCAUGAUUUAAAUAUCCCAAUAUCUCCUGUUUCUGUUUAUAAUAAAAAUAAAAUUAGAAAUAAUAAUUCAAAUUUUUCACCGUUUCAGCCUUUGUCAUUGGAUAAUAAUAGUAAUAAUAAUAGACAAUGUUCAACUGAUGAUUCUCACUCUAUUGAAUCGAAUUUCAAAUUGUUGAAUAUUUCAACAUCGACAUCCUCUUCGUCUUCUUCUGCUUCUUCUUGUUCAAAUGAUAAAGUCAUAAAUUCAACUAGUAAUUCUGAAUUAAUAUCAGUAAUGACCACUACUAAUCAUGUGGAUGAAUCAAAUCGUGCAGAUCAUGUGGUGGAUACAAGACCAGUACAUUUGAAUAAAUUGGAUCGAAAAUCAACUAAUGGUUCAUUUCGUCAUGAUGAACUAAUUAGUAAUAAUUCUAGUCAUAUGGUGUUAAGUGGAAAAACGGAGAACAACGGUGAAUAUGAUUACGCUUAUAAUGGUUCAUGGAGUAUGGGUGUCAAACUCAGUUUAGAUCUCGCCAUCAAUAAUUCAUCAAAUGAUACAUCUUUACUACCAAAUAUACCAAAAUAUAUUAAUGCGACAACAACACCUACAGCAGCAAUGAUUAAAACGGUAAAGUCAAGUUUAAAUCAUCCUACGCCUUCAUCACAUCAUCAACACCAUCCAAAUUACCAUCAUCAGCUUAUACAACAUGGUUUAUCUUCUUCUGGUCAGUUACAAGAGUCUAGUAAAUUCAUUUCAAUUAAAAAUACUAAUGGUAAUGAUUUAAAAUUGAAUUUGACUACUCGUCCUGUACAAUCAGUUUUAUCUAAUGAUCUCGAUAGCAUUUCUACAAGUAGUUGUGAUGAGUCUUGGGAUGCCCAACAUGGUCGAUUAGUUUCUAAAUUAAUGAGUGGACGUUUUGUAGACCCUAGUACUAUUAUUUCAACCACUGGUAAAUCUGGAAACGCGACAACAACUACAACAAUGGAAGUGAAUAAUGAUUUCUUGACUUCUGAAACUUGUAAUUCUUCUGCAACAAAUAUUCUUACAGUUCCUAACCUGUCUUCAACCUUCUCGUCAUGCACGUCUUCCUCCCCUUCUUUGUCGUCAUCUUCAUCAUCAGUAUCGAUGACUUCACAUGUAGUAAUAACGUCAGUUGCUCCCCCUUCUCAUUGUACCAGUUCUAUGAUACCUUCAUCUAAUGUUAAUUUACAUCAUUCAAUGAAUUCAGUUAGUAAGAAUAAAUUGUUAUCUAGUCAAAACAACCUACCGAAGGGUUUACCUCCUCAUUUGGAAACAUUGUCACUUGAAGAACAACCAUGGUUUCAUCCGUCAUUAACAAGAUCAGAAGCUGAAGAACUAAUACGGAAUGAACCAGAAGGUAGUUUUCUUGUUCGUCCCAGUGAAACAUGCCCUAAUGACUUUUCUCUAACUAUUAAGUAAGUUACUAUUAUUAUUAUUAUUAUUAAGUUAUUUGAGACUCCUUAUUAUGAAGAGUGGGUUUACUGUUAUUCAAGGUAUAAAUUAGUUUACUUGGCUUCAAGCCACGCCCUAAGUAUAAGGUUUAGUGGUACCACCUGUUCUCCCAAGCCAAAGUAGAUAGAGUGCCGUUCUAACCCAAGACUUGAUGGCUGUGUAUUGAAUGCCUUAACCGCCGAGUAACUACUCUGCAUAUUGCGUAAAAUAUUGUGUUAUUUCGUCUUCAUCAUGGACAGAUAGCAUUUCAUAAAUCAAUUAGUACAAGACAGCACAGAAUAGCUAUUUUGUACUUGUGUAUGAAACUUAUCAGUAGUGCUCAUUUAUAAUGUAGAAAUAGAAAGCCGAAUACGAACUACAUUUAAGACGUUUAUAUUUCAGACAUAUUUAUGUGACCACGGCAAAAUGAACCGAGUGAAUAUGAAAGUUGAAUAGAUACAAACAGGAGUAACUGCAUAACCUGCCUAGAGAAUAAUAGGUGAUUUAGUUUUAAUAUAAGGUGUAAAUAAUGCAUGAAUUAUAGAUGCCGGACACACAUAAGAUGAGAACAAUUAAAAUAUGUUCGAUGUUAACAGUGAACAAUCAACACAAGUACAUAAAUGAAAACAGAGAAGGAAUAAUAUCUGCAAAAAAAGUAUAGACGUUCACGAAUAUAGUACGAUCAAUAAAUUCACAACGAAACAUGCAAAGGUCAGAAAAAGUUCACACAAUAAUUUGUAUCAGUCCGUCAUAUUAUUUCCACAUAUAAUCGUAUGUUAAUUAAGUUUUUAUGCUUAACGUGAUUAGGAAGCAUGACAGAGCCAAGAUAAUUGAAAAACUUACAGUUUGUACUAAUACCAAUGGUAUAAACACUGAUUGAUUUUCCUUUUUUAUAAUUAUGUUUCACUUCAGACAUAAAUCCUUCUUACAUAUGAAAAUUACACGAAAUAGUACUGGUCAAUUUAUUCUAGGAGAAUAUAGUCAACCGUAUGCAAGUGUUUCACAAAUGAUUUAUCAUUAUGCACGAACACUUGUUCCAGUACUUGGUGCCUAUUCAGUUACAUUGACACAUCCUGUAUGUAAACGUAUCUAAUUAUUUUCUUAUUCUGUUGUUAAUUCUGUUGUUCAUCUCACUACUGAUAAAUCCUUAUACAAUGACACUGGCUACUCCGUCAGUUUUUCUUGCCUUGUGAUUUUUUGUCUGCUGUUCCUAUCACUACUACCGCUUUAUUUGUUUAAGAGUUUAGUGCUAUAAGUCUUUAUUUUCAGUUGAUUACUUCUCUUUUUUGUGUGCUGUGUUGUUCCUCCUUCUCUUUACAGAUCCUCAGCUGAUUAUUGCGUUCUCUGUUUAUUUUCUUAUUAUUCCAUAUCACAUCAGCUUUCCAUAGUAGUUAGCGCCUGCUGAAUUGCGUUUAUUUAAUUUUCGCCCUUUAUUUUCGUUAUAUAUUUAUUCUUCGUAUAAUAUGCAUCCGUGUGUCUGUGUGUAAAGUAAUAUAUAAAUGUAUUUAGUGUACUUUUUCUCUUUAUCUAUGUACGACUUUUCUUCAUCAUCAUCGUCUGCCUCUUCUACCCACUGUACUGGGAAGUUGUUCAUCCAAUCACGUUUACCUUUAUCAUUUCAUUUUUGCAAACUAUAACGUUGUCUUUCUGUAAACAUUUCAAGGAAAUGUCUCUAUCGUUCUGUUUUGUAUUUUGUUUUCUUUGGAGCUGACUCAUUCCCUGGGAACAGUCAUAAUAAAGCUAGCAAAUAUUAUCUUCCUAUGUAAUUCCAUCGCCUACAUACUCUUAUUGUGACUACUACCUUAGUGCUAUAAUAACAUUUUCAAUUUUAACUUCUUUCCUUAUCACUUACCUUUAUUUUCUCUUUUUAUUUAAACAUGUCUACAAAAUGUAAUUUGUGUCCAAUUCUAGUUUUUUUCUUAUAUCAAUACAUCUCAUUUCUCUUCAACAGUAUCAGCACCAUUAACAAUUACUACUACUAUCAAUGAGUAAUAAGUAGCAUGAAUAGUUAUUCGAAAAACGUCUCACAUGUUUGCCAUUUGAUGUUAUUCUUCAAAACUUCACACAUAUUUUCUUUCAUCCCUUGAAAGAUUACUAAGCUUUUUCUAUAACUUAUGUUUGGUAAAAAGCAAACUUCACCUUUAUUAAAUUUAUACACCAUUCUAGAUGUUCUUGAGAGAGAUGAACACGAUUUACUUUUUUUAAAUCAUUGAACACAAUCUGUUGUUCUACAUUAUUUGACAGUAUUUAUCAUUGCUAAACAGGUUCAAAAUUCAUCACUGUUGCCAUUUCUACGCGAUUUAUCUUCUAUAUUAUAUAGUAUAUAUGAUUAUAACUGAAACUUAUCACGUUUAUUAUUAUUAAUAUCGACUAUAUCAGAUUUUUUGUUAUUUUAAAUCUAUAAAUUGUGUUGAAUAGUUUUGGAUCAUUUGAUUU